AUGGACGUCCUGUCGCCCCCUCCCGCGCCCGCCGCCACCACUGGCAGACGGGCCGUGCGCGUCGUCGCGGACGCCUCACUGACACUGCGCGUCCCACUGCCGCGCGCACUGCGGCGCCUCGAGACGCGUUCGACCGCUUCCGGACGCGCGCGACCGGUCGCCGCCACUGCCACUGCCACAGGCGACAGCGACUGUGACGCGUCGUGGGAAGAGCGCAAUUGGGCGGCGCGCGACGCGGCAGUCGCAGUGCGUGCGGCGCGCAGCGAACGAGCGGACGAGUGGCCGCCGCUGCCGCCGCCGCCGUGUGACCUGCCGGAGGACUUUCCGCGACUCGUCGUGAACCUCACGCGCGUGCAGCGACAGUGCGCGGCCGCGAAGACGCUCGAGGCGGCCGAGUGGGACGUUUUGGCCGUGUGUCGGCGCGUCCGCCGCACGCUGCACGAGCAGUGUACCCACUUUGUGGAACUGCUCUUUGACCGCCAAUGGGCUUUCCACUGCACCUACGGCACGUCGCGUCCACUGCUGGACGGUCUCCACGCGGCGUUCCCGACCGACGUGUUCGCCUUGCUGGACUACCCGACGGACAUUGACGGCGUGCCGUUGCACGCGUUUUUGCACACGCUGUCGAGUCCGUCACGAUGGAAAAGCGUCGAGUACUUGCGCACGUGUCUCUGUCGGUGCUCGCGCGAUCUCCAGUGGAAGAGCGACGUGCUGGUCGAGUUGGAGCUGCUGGCCGAGACGGAGUUUGCGCAGUACGAGAGGACGUGGCAAGAGCAGAGCGACGAGAUUGAUGAGCUCACUCGCUUGCGCGAUUCGUUUCGGGCCAAGUUGGAGAAAACCAGAGCAGCGAGUCGAGCGAACCAUAAGCUGCCUCAGGGACAACAGUAUUUGUGGAUACUGCGGCAGCUCGAGGAUGUCGAAAAUCGGUUGUUGACGUUGCUGGAGGUUUUCCUGAAAGACCCCGAGCUGGACGAAGACGAGUGUUUUAGUGCGUUUGCCAAUCCUGGUGGAGAAAGUGGCGUCACUGCGGGCACGAACGUGCUGGACAUGGUGAUUGCUAUGGUGUUUAGCCGCCUGCCGCGUGAUUUCAGCCAGCAGACCACAACAGAAGAGCAUUUCCAGAUGCUCUUUGAUCACCAUAUUCAGAUACUGCGUCUGUGGAAAAAGGACUUUGGACGACUUCCGUCAAGGUCUCGAGUAGCAUUGCAAGAAGAAAGUGCUCGAGAUUCAGAGGCAGGUAGUACUCGUGUGUCCUCACUACGCGAGAAGCGAGCUGGUCUUGAUGUGUCGGACGAAGAGAGCGUGGUCGGACUGAUAGAGGAUUGUCUAGCAAACGGUGGCGAUGUUGCAAAUCUGGAUGAAGCGUCACUUGUUUGCGACCGAGAAGCUGACAACAUUGGUCGAGGUUGUGAUAGAGCGAAGGAUAGCGAGACAUUUCCGAGCGACGAAGCAGACGGUUACGGCGCUGACUCGGACAGUGACGCAAGCGAGGACGAUGCUGGAGAAGUUAUAGCAGCGCAACGUCAGAGACAUCCGCGGAAUCGUGUACCAUCCAAGCUUGGUGCGGCAGAAACUGUUUGUGCACUGGACCGACCGCGACGAAGACGCACGAAGCAACUGAGACGCGGACAAAAGUCACACAAGUCGAAAGUAGUCAGAAGUGAGAGUGAUGCUGAUCGAGAAGCUGGGUCAUUCCAGCCGUUCGCAUGUACAGGAGCAGUGCCUUUGCUUCGUUUAGCAAAAGAGAAAGAACUGUUUUGA